AUAAAUCACAGAGUAAAUAAAUAUUGACUGAUAAAAUAAAAUACAGUCGACUCUCGGUAACUCGAACCUUGAUAACUCGAAAUUCUCGAUGUCUCGAAUAAUUAAAAUUCCCCUUCAAAUAACAAUUACACUUAAUGUUUAAAUAAUCUUGGUAACUCGAAAAUUAAUUUGACAAAUUUUCGAUAUCUCGAAUUUUCUUAUCCAAAUUUAGUACUAAAAGUAGUUUAUCAAGGCGAUUAUUUUUCGCCUAUCACUUGUUUUGUAAAACCCGACCAUUAUAAUCAACUAAAUGUUUGUAACUUAAACCUUAAUAAUUUCAUACAAUAGAUUUCAUUUUUAGUUCUAUGCCGUUUGUUCGUUUAACCGUUUAUUGAGCGAGUGUAACAGUGUUAAAUCAGUGGUUAUUAUGGCUCAAAAAAGAAAAUUAACAACAUUAUCACUUGCAGAAAAAGUGAACUUACUUAGAAUUAUUGAAAAAGGUGAAAAGAAAAAACAAGAAAUAGCCAAAGAUUUUGGAAUUCCAGCGAGUACAUUAUCUACAAUAAUAAAAAGUAAAGAGGUAAUUUUGAAAAACUUUAAUGAAAACUCGGCAACUCGAAAAAAAAUGAAACCAGGAGAAUACUCUGAUAUAGAAUCCUGUUUAUUAAAAUGGUUUCAACAAUGUCUUGACAAAAAAAUUCCAAUAAAUGGACCCAUUCUACGAGAAAAAGCUGAAGAGUUUGGGUAUAAGUUGGGGCAUGUACAUUUUAAAGCCAGCAGUGGAUGGUUAACAAAUUGGAAAAACAGAAAUAAUGUUGUUUUUAAACAAGUUUGUGGUGAAAGUGGCGCUGUAGAUGUACAAAAAUGUUCCGUAUGGAUAAAUAAUUUACCGAAACUCAUCGAAAAUUAUUCUCCAGACGAUAUUUUUAAUGUUGACGAAACAGGAUUAUUUUUCAAAUGUUUACCUGAAAAAACAUUUAUGUUUAAAGGCCAAUCUUGUUCAGGUGGAAAACAUAGCAAAGAAAGAGUAACACUUCUGUUAGGGGCGAAUAUGUCGGGCACGGAAAAAUUAAGACCACUUUUGAUUGGUAAGUCGAAAAAACCACGAUGUUUUAAACAAGUAAAAUCAUUGCCAUUAGAUUAUCAUGCGAACAAAAAAUCCUGAAUGACGUCUGAAAUUUUUAAUUUGUGGUUAAUGAAAUUAGAUAAAAAAAUGGUCACCGAGAAAAGAAAAAUCUUACUUUUUAUAGAUAAUUGUACUGCACACAAUUUGACUUCAACUUUAAAUGCUAUUCAAGUGCAGUUUUUACCUCCUAAUACUACGUCUGUAUUACAACCAUUAGACCAAGGCAUAAUAAAUAAUUUUAAAAUAUUUUAUCGAAAAGAAAUGGUAAAAAAAAUUAUAUCGGCUUUAAAUGGUAACAAUCAAAUCAUAAUAAACAUAUUGGAUGCUAUACGGCUAUGCGAUAAAGCAUGGCGACACGUAAAAAAAGGAACGAUUGUAAACUGUUUUACAAAAUCAGGUUUUAAAACUUCAAUUGAAAACGAUGAAAACACUCCUUAUGAUCCUUCUGAUGAUAAUAACGAUGAAUGGGAUCAAUUAACGGAGAAAAUAAAUAUUGAUGAAACCUUUACAUCAUACGUUAAUGUCGAUGAAAAUUUGGAUAUUUGUGGAGAAUGGACUGAGAACGAUAUUAUCUCCGAUAUAUUGGACGAAGAUAACCAAGAAGAAUUCGAAGACCAACAAGUACAAUCCACCAUUACAAAUAAAGAAGCAACACUUGCAUUAGAAACAUUACGUAAAUAUAUUGAAGGCAAUGAAGGUAUGGAAGAUUUAUUUAAGCCACUCGAUGUUUUAGAAAAUAGAAUUGAGAACAAUAUAGUGUUAAAUAAACAAAAACAAUUAACUUUACACCAAUUCU